AUAAGGCAUGGAGCGAGCAAGUGAGUGAGAGUGGGUGAGGGAGUGUGAAUUUAUCAUGGGCAAAAUUUGUGCUUCAUUCCUAGCUGUGUGCUGAGCAUCCCUGCACCGGCAUGCACAGUCCACCACGGCUCAUACUGCUGAAGAGUACGCCCUCUCUCUCUCUCUCUCUCUCACACACACACUCUCAGGCUCUCCCACUCAACCUCUCCCUCACACACACACACACACACACACGUGCUCGCAGCCACACACGCGCAGUGCUGUCAGGAGCGCCGCUGCUGGACCACAGCCAUCUCGCGAAGGAGGUUCCGACGGAGGGAAGAGAAAGCCAGAGCGAGCGCGAGACAAAGGGAAGGAGGACGGUAGAAGGAGAGGAGCGAAUAGGAGCGCGGGGACCGGCACAAGGAAGGAGAGACCCGGUGCUUUGUGAAGAACAGAAAGCGAGGGACAGGAGGAGGGAGGAGGAGAGAGGAAAAAAAGAGGAGGGGGAACAGGAAACGCGAUCACUUUCAGCUGCAGCGGUCCGUGUCGCAGCAUGGGCAAUGCACCAUCCCAAGCCAACGCCGGGGCCUGUUUUCCUAAGCAAGAUCCCGAGCGUGGUGGCAGUCACAUGAUCUCGACAGAUGACUUGGAAUAUCCGCGAGAGUACCGGACGCUGGGCAACAGCGCUCGGCGGUUCUCCAAUGUGGGCCUGGUGCACACGUCGGAGCACCGCCACACCGUCAGCGCUGCCCAGAGCCUGGAGGCCCUCACCAACCUGCACAAGGCGGACAUGGAGCGCAAGAGGGACGCCUUCAUGGAUCACCUGAAGAGCAAGUACCAGCAGCAGCAGCAGCUGCAGCAUCCGCAUCACAGCCCGCACCACAACCCGCCAUCUCCCUCGCCCUCCCACGCCAGCAUGAGGGGCACGUCGUCGGAGCGGGCCGCACGAGAACAGCAACAGCCCAACUACUGGAGCUUUAAGAGCCGCAGUCCACGGCAUUCCCAGUCUACCCAGUCUGGGCUCGCCGACCAGGCCGCCAAGCUCUCCUUUGCCUCGGCUGAAUCCUUGGAGACCAUGUCAGAAGCCGACAUCCCCAUCGGGUUCAACCGGAUGAACCGAUUUCGCCAGAGCCUGCCGCUGUCCCGCUCUGCCAGCCAGAAUAAGCUACGAUCUCCAGAUGAAUUUUCAGGCGUGCUGUUCCUGCAGUACGGAGAUGAGACGCGUCGGGUUCACAUCACCCACGAGCUGAGCAGCCUGGACACGCUGCACGCUCUCAUCGUUCACAUGUUCCCCCAGAAGUUGACAGCAGGCAUGCUGAAGUCCCCCAACACGGCCAUCUUGAUCAAGGACGAGGCGCGCAACGUCUUCUACGAGCUGGAGGAUGUGCGGGACAUCCAGGACCGCAGCAUCAUCAAGAUUUAUCGCAAAGAGCCCAUCUACGCUUCCUACCCUGCAGCUGCACACCUGGCCAACGGAGACCUGAGGAGGGACAUGGUGUACUCCUCACGCGACUCCUCCCCAACUCGCCGCCUCAACACCCUGCCCUCCUCCACGGCCUCGGCGUCCUCUGGCUCUCCGUCCCGCUCACGCCUCUCCUACAGCGGCAGCAGCGGCCGUCCUCCGUCCUUCACCGGGUCCCAGCACUCCCAGCACGAUCAGCCCCGACAUCCCCACCAUCCCUCAGCCGGCCACGGUGCCAACGUAGGCCUGUCUCCCUCGCCCAGCGCCAUCCUGGAGCGCCGUGACGUCAAGCCUGAUGAAGAAGUUUCUGCAAAAAAUAUGGCGUUGAUGAAAAAUGAGAGCCUGUAUGCUGAUCCAUACAGCCUGAUGCACGAGGGCCGCCUCAGCAUCGCCUCCACCCAGUCGUUAGCUGCCAUCGGAGACCCCUUUAGCUUCCCCGUUACCGGUGGCCUGUACCGCCGUGGCUCUGUGCGCUCCCUCAGCACCUACUCAGCCGCCGCUCUUCAAGGGGACCUGGAGGACUCCCUCUACAAGCCUGGAGGUUCACUCUACUCUGACACGUACUCCUCAGCCACACUGGGCAUGGGUUUUCGCAUGCCGCCCUCAUCCCCUCAGAAAAUCCCUGACAUGCAGCUGAGGGACAGCAGGGACUCGUAUUCCAGCUCACCCAGCAGAGCCUCACCUGUCAGGCAGAGCUUCCGCAAGGACUCGGCCUCCUCCUCUGUGUUUGUGGAGAGCCCAAAGUCGAGGCCCAGCUCCAGUUCAGAGCCCCUUUGUCUGACAGCCGGGCCUGGGGAGGGCGGCAGGGCCACGCCCGGCUUUGGCUCCUCGAUGUCUGGACAGGAUCCUGACAGCAGCAGGGAUCAUCGUCUGGAGCGCAUGGAGGCAAUGGAGAAGCAGAUAGCCAGCCUUACCGGCCUGGUCCAGAGUGUGCUGACCAGAGCGCCAGACAGCGACAGCACAUGCGGCCUGCUGCGUCUCUGCAUGAUGGCGGGCUGCCCUCCGGACCAAGGGACGGAGUUCUCACGGCCAUUACCUUUCUCUUCCAGCGAGAAGACCGAAACCAACAGCGACGGCUCCGCCACAGGAACUGGACGGCUGAAGCACAAAGCUCAUACACCGUCGGCACCUCUAGCUCUGAUGCCGCCGCCGCCUUCUCACAUGAGCCAGCUGAACAGCUCCGGCCGCUUGCAGAUGCAGCUCCACCUGCACGGCCUGCAGCAGAACGCCACCGACCUGCGCAAACAGCUCGGCCAGCUACGCAAGAUACAGAUUGACAACCAGGAUUCAGUGCGAACUCUGUUGAAGCGGACAGAAGCGGAGCUGAACGUGCGCGUGGCCGACGCCCUGAGGAAGCAGGAGGAUCCUCUGCAGAGACAGCGCCUGCUGGUGGAGGAGGAGAGACUCAAGUACCUCAACGAGGAGGAGCUCAUCAUCCAGCAGCUCCACGACCUGGAGAAGUCAGUGGAGGAGAUCCAGAAGGAGUCGUCUGUCAACCACAAGCUGGUGACAGUGCAGGAGCUAGAGGAGAAGGCCACUCUUCUGAGAAAGCUGGGAGAAACACUCACAGAACUGAAAAAUCAGUUCCCAGGCCUGCAGAGUAAGAUGCGGGUGGUGCUCAGGGUGGAGGUGGAGGCCGUCAAGUUCCUGAAAGAAGAGCCACACCGGCUGGAUGCCCUGUUAAAACGCUGCAAGACUAUAACUGACACCCUCGCCACCAUGCGCAAACAAGCGAAUGAGGGUGUGUGGAAGAAGCAGGAAGACUUCUCUAUUCCUUCAUCAAAGCACAACGACGAUUUGCGAAAGUUUUCAGACUUUGACCUCACCACCAGCCAACAGCUCACUCUCAAUGACCUUGGGGGAGGCAACAGCCUGUCCAACUGGAGCCCCCAUGCCAGCAUCAGCCGUGGCCACGGGAACCUGUCCGGCCCUCACAAGGACAAUCACCCUCCUGUUCCCCACAAGGGCAAAGCCCUGGAGGAGCUGGAACGCCGUGCUUUAGCUGACAAAGCUUUAUCCGUGGAGGUCCGACUGGCAGCAGAGCGGGACUGGGAGGAGAAGCGGGCCAGUCUGACCCAGUACAGCGCCCAGGACAUCAACCGGUUGCUGGAGGAGACCCAGGCUGAGUUAAUGAAAGCUAUUCCAGACCUGGACUUUGCUGCCAAGCAGCUCAAGCCCUCCUCCAACACACCGGCCUGCCAGGUCCUCCAGAGUGGGGCAGGAAACCCAGAGCACCGCGUCAGCAAGCCCCAGCACAAGCUCUCUGGGAAGGAGGGAGGAUCCAGGCGUGGCUCUGAUGAGCUGACAGUGCCACGGUAUCGCACAGAGAAACCCUCCAAGUCUCCUCCUCCUCCGCCACCUAGACGCAGUUUCCCGUCUUCUCCAGGCAUAACCAGCCGCAGCGGAGAGCCUCUCAUUCCUGGAAAAUGUAUAAAGAAGACUGAAUCUGAAGAGACUGAAGGCCAGAAGCCGCAUGUAAAACUGAGGAGGACCGUGUCUGAAAACCCCCGUCCUGCGUCGACACCCCCCACACUUGCCUCUGGGGACAAGGAGGAAACAGAGGAGGAGAAAAUUGCUGCCGAAUUGGAGGGAAGGCGCUUGUCUCCUGUCCCCCACAUCGUGUUGACAGAGUGUUUGCCAGCUUCGCCCGCUGCCUCAGAGGAUCCUGUCAGAGAUUCACCUAAUAACCCUGUAGAAGAGAGUCCAUCACGAGACUGGACUGGUCGUCACACCGGAGUCUACCAGACUAAAGUUUCAAAAGAAAGGGAUUCAUUUCCUCAGCGAGAGCAGCGUAAGGAGGACGUGGAGUUAAAGCAGGAAGUUUCCCUGCUGUUGACAGAGCGGGAGGUGAGGGUGGUGUCUCCUGUUGAGGCCCAGGAGCUCAGCAGGACUAUAGGAGAAGCUCUGCAGACUCUGACCAUCUCACCUCACACUAAUGAAGUCCCUGAGGUCCAGCUGAGUGGCCGGCCUCUCCUAGUGCUCCUCAGAGAGGAAACAACAGUCAGGGAUGCCUACAGGCUGCUGCAUUCCCUGAUGGAGUCAUCCAAGCCGGUGCCCAAACCCAGAUUAAAAUCCUCCCUCCGCUCAGGCCAGCAGAGCUCUCUGGUGGAGGCUCUGAGGCGAGGGAUCGAAACAGGGGAUCGAGUGCUAACACUUCAGCACAACACUGAAAUUAAGGUUCCUGAGGUACAGCAGAAAUCAUUAAGCAGUGGGUCAGCUCCUUCUGUGGAUAGUCUAUCCAACCAGAGCCAGAGGAAAACCGGAGAAGAUAUCCGAAUCAGCACCUACAGGAGGCUGGACAGCUUGGAGGAGACUAUACGUGAGCUGGAGAACACCUUGAUAGAGAUCGGCGGCCAUCCGACUACAGAGCAGUUCUACACCGAGACAACCACCAGAAGCACUCCUGUACAGAUGACAAGCGGUCCGACCUCAGAGACCAAGAGGCCACCGGUCCCACCCAAGCCGUCCUCUUUCAACCCAGCAUCGAUCCAGGGAGGGAAUAGUUCAAGCGUUGGUAAGGUCCUGCACUCCUCAGCUGCCUCCAAACUGAAGCACCUGCAGCAGAACAGCACAGACAAGACUAAAAGUGGCAGAAGAGAGGACUUCCUGAAGAUCCAGGGCCAGCACCAGGCCUUUGGGACCAACAGCACCAGUGGCAGUAUUGAGCCAUACCUCUCUGGUAUCAAAACGGGAAUUUUGUCAGGCCGAAUGCCCUCUCCUGCAGCAACGUUCGCCCCUGGCCUGAGGAAGUACCCGCAGGAGGGAGCAAAGCCCUCCAUGACACCCUCCGCCAGCCAAGCGAAGGCCCUGCUGGCCAGCCUGUCUGCUUCCGGCCUGAGCGCCGAGGCCCUGCUCCUCUCCUCCACCCUCCAUCAUCGCCGCCUUCUGCGUGAGCAGCGAGCCUCCUCCUUGCCCCUGCCCAGCAGCCGGUCCUCCCCUCCAACUCCCACUGCUUCCUCCCCUUCCUCUUCUUCCUCACCCACCACCCCGACUCCUUCCCUGUCUCCCUCCUCUCCCACCCCUUUGAGCUCCCUCACCCUCUCCUCUGUAGUUCCCAAGCCCAGCGGUUGUAGCUCCAGCCUCAACAGCUGCAAGGAGGGUGGCAGCGAUGAAUGAGGACCUCGCCCCCCGGGUGACUCUCGGUAAUGAAGAGGAGGAGGAGGACGUGGGGGAAUUCAAGCACCAUCAUGAACCAUAAAGAGGAAACAACUACAUUAUGGGAAGUUCCAGCGUUGUUUGGUGUCCUAUUUUCUUUCAGGACUUUUUUGGCUUUUUCAUCCUCUCUACAUUUGGCCUCACUCCAGUAUGCAGAGUCUCCAUAUUUCCGUUUGUACUGUAAAUGGAGUCACAAUCUUCUUCUUGGACCGGUUUCCUACUCUGAUCUGGUUCCAUCAUUCCUCUGCAGUUCUCCCACGCAGUCAUACUGCCAGUUUGCCAGCUAGCGAGUGCACAAACGGGCCUCCCCUCCUACCAGCUGCCUGCUGUAAAGCUGAUGUGGUCUGGAUGGAUUUACUGACAGUAGCAGUCUCAUAUAAACCCUCACUCAAUGGGGUUUUUAGUGGAGUAGACAUCAUUUCUAGACUGUGACUUUUAUCAUAGAAAAUAGAGCUGCAAUAAUCACCAAGUAAGUCCAGUAGUUGUGUGUGUUCGGGAUAAUAUUGCUCUCACUUCAUCACCUGGCAGAAUGUGCUCCGAAAACAACAAAAAAAUCAAAAGUAGAUCCAAGGUGAUGAUUUCGAACUGUUUUGUGUUAAAAGGGCAUUUGUGGCUUCUCUUGCAUCACCCAUGUUUUAAACUCUGAACUGGUGCUAUAUUUUCCCCUCCGUUUGUACACACUGUGUGUAAAGAGUUUACAUGAUCACUCCCCUGACCUUUGACCUGCGCUUCAAGUGUACAUUCCUCUGUCUGACUUUGAUUUCACUUUGUCACACUGUUUGAAUAUUUACAUGCAUCCCUACAGAAUGAAAUCCUUCAACUGAAAAUUAGGACUAAUUAUAGGAAAUUUUUAAAAAAAAAGACAUGUAUUCACAAAAGCACAUUGUAGGGAGCAGUCUUAUAACAGCACAUUUCUAUCUAAAAAUAGAACCAGGAGGUACAGUUACAGGAGGGAAGAAUGCGAAUUGUAUAGACAUGUUGAAUUUCUGUAUAUGUGUAGUUAAUUAUGACAAUCAGGAUGUUUCCGCAGUAGCGUCUUACAGGUUGCUCCGGCAUUUCAGCACCUGACAUCACAAACCUUCCCAAAGACUCAAGCACACACACACACACGGUGAUGAAUAUUACACACAAUCUGUCACACAUUCUGCACUUGUAAAGCCAAGCUGUUUGCAGAAGCACACUAGUUCUUUUGUUUCAGCAAAUCUUGUGUGACGAUUCGUUUUUAAGUCGCAUCUGUUGCACGACUGAUAUUCAGCACUCUGGUAAAAUAUGCCACAUGGACCAGAACACGAUUUCACCCUUUAAGGAGACAGAUCUACAGAGAUCAAGUGGUUUCUUUGGGACUUCAAGGUUAAUCUGAUGGGAAGCAGCUUUCAAAGUUUUCAGCAAUUUGCAGGUUUUAUUG